UGCCGUCAAGACAGCUUCGUGUCCUGUUUCGUGCCGAUUUCCGAAAAACCGACCAAAGAAUUUACCGAAUUUGGAUUAUCAGUGGUUUUGUGCUUUUGAGUGCCGUUCUGAACCGAGAAGACCUUACUUGGAGUGUUGUAACUGCCCCGCGGCGCGAUGGCCGACGAAUAAGUUCUUUCCGAAAUUUUAUUUUGGAAAAUUUUCUUCAGCCUCCCUCAUCCUUCGCAAAUGAACUCUUUCCUGCUCAAGAUGGAUUUAUGUUUAUUUUUUCUCAUUCUGCUUAUUUCUAUAGGCGGCGGAGCGAAAAGUGAAGAGCCGAGAGACACCCGAGAAGGAGAGGACGUGACCCUCGAGUGCAGGUUCUCCCCGACGCUGACAGCCAUGAAGCCGGCCUAUUUCUGGGUGCGGACGAACCGGAUGGACCAUGACAACGUGGCCAUUCAGGGCACCCCUCUCGAUGCCAAUUACAGGCUGGACUUCCGGCCGGAGGAGGGCUACUACGACCUGCACAUCUCGAAUAUCAGCUAUGCCAGGGACGACGGCAAAUUCGAGUGCAGGCUCAAAGUCGGCGGAAGCGGAAAAGAUAUCCAUUCCCAGGCGUACGUCGUCACUGUACUCACACCGCCCGGCCCUCCGAAAAUCCAUCCUUCCACUACUCCUAUCGCAACUGAAGGGAAACCCCUAGAACUGACAUGUGCGAGCAGAGGAGGAAGCCCAGAUCCUCUAGUCAGGUGGUAUAGGCAGGGUCAAAAUGAACCAAUUGAGGCUGCAGUAAAAAGUACAAUUGAUCAAGGAGUAGUUUCCACUCUUACACUGAAACCAGACAAAUCGGAUGAUGGAGCGAUGUUCAGAUGUGUCGUGUGGAAUAGAGCUAUGCCUGCCGGGGUUAAACUCGAAGAAUCCGUCAAUCUUAAUGUUAAUUAUUAUCCCCGUGUAGACGUAGGACCUGAAAAUCCUCUUAGGGUGGAGCGUGAUGGUACAGCAGUUCUUCAGUGUAACGUUGAUUCCAAACCUAGGGUCAAUAAUGUACGAUGGAUCCGAGAUGGAAGAUUCAUAUCUACUUCUUUCAAACAUACUAUCCAAAGGGUGACUGUUCAAGAUUCCGGAAAAUACAGAUGUUCAGCAGAUAAUGGUCUCGGUCAGGCCAAAGAGGCUGAAGUAUAUUUAGAUGUUCAGUAUCCACCUUUGGUGAGUAUUGAAACCGGUCCUGGACUAGCUAGACAAAUUGAAGCAGAAGAAGGAGAAAUGGUCACAAUCAAAUGUAACGUCUCAGCAAACCCACCCCCAAUCACUGUCGAAUGGCUCAGAGAAGGACGCCCUGACUUUAGGCAAAAUGGAGAGGUUUUAAAAUUGCACAGGGUUGCUGCUGAUUCAGCAGGCACUUAUAUGUGCAGAGCCACUAAUAUCCUCAAUCCAACAACAACAACAAGGCAGAGGAGUAACCGAGUAGGAAAUGCAACAGUUACUUUGCUCGUACGCCACAAACCUGGAAAAGCCCAGAUUACUCCUGACAGACCAAUUGCCUCAGAAGGAAAUGGAGUUACGCUGACAUGCUCAGCAUCACCUCCAGGCUGGCCUACUCCUCAGUACAGGUGGUGGAGGGAACUUGAUGACUCAACACCAACAUCGCAGAAAACUGUUUUGGCAACUGGACCCAAAUACAACAUCCCUUCUGCACAUCUUGGCAGUGAAGGAAAAUACCAUUGUGAAGCAAAUAAUGAAAUAGGCCACGGAGAAAAAGCGACUGUAGUACUUACAGUAUACCAACCACCAAGAUUCCUAGUCAAGUUACAACCACAUCAAACAAGAAGAAUUGGUGAUACAGAUUUUAGUGUUACUUGUGGUGCACAAGGUAAACCGAAACCCUCAAUAAAAUGGUUAAAGGAUGGUAAAGAAAUUUCUAACAAGAUGUAUGAUGUAUCAACAGAUGAGUCAGAAGGACGGAAUGCAGUUUUUACAGUACAAAGUACAUUAAGGUUUGUUGGACGGGACCGUCCUAGUGGAAGCCAAUUGAUACCAGCAGACAGGGGUGUUUAUGCCUGCAUAUUUGAAAAUGAAGUUAAAAAAGCCGAAACCACUAUGCACCUUCGAAUUGAACAUGAGCCAAUAACUCUUCAUAGAUAUAAUAAAGUAGCUUAUGAUCUCAGAGAAACAGCAGAAGUUAUUUGCAAAGUACAGGCAUACCCGAGGCCAGAGUUCCAAUGGAGUUAUAGCACGAACACAGCGCCACUUCUUUCAGGAGCAGAUGGCCACUACGAAAUUAAUACAACAGUAAAUGAAAGUGGGGGAGACAUCUAUACAUCGGUUCUUCAGAUCUCGCACCUCCGUCAAGCUGAUUAUGGAGAGUACAACUGCAGGGUUGCCAACACCCUCGGAAGCGUAAAAACACAAAUAAGACUGCAGCCAAAAGGACCUCCAGAGAAACCGGAAGCCCUACAUGCCAUUGAUAUUGGCCACAGUUACAUUGCUCUCCAAUGGACUCCAGGAUUCAAUGGAGGACUGCAUAGCACAAAAUACUUCAUCUCUUAUAAGAGAGUUCUGACCACACUUAACGAUGAUUGCUACGCACCAAGGAAGUCUGGAAACGUUGAAAGUUGGCAUGAAUUCGAUUGUCAAACAAAGAACCCAUGCAAUGUAACAUCCCUUGAACAACACCAAAGCUAUUUAUUUAAGGUUAAAGCUUAUAACACUAAAGGGCAGAGUAACUACUCUGAUGAAGCACCUUCAAUGACCAAAGUAGACCGAAUUCCUGCACCUCAAAGAGUCACAUUUGACCCAGAAUCACAUCAACUUACAAUCAAUAUCGCUGCUACAUGCUUACAACUUAUUGCCAUGGUUGAAGUGUCAACAAGUGUGUACGGUCAUGACUGGAGAUUGGUUGAAACGAUGUCAUUAUCGCCAUCUGGAACGACAUCAAGGAGGGAAGCAACUGUUCUUUCCCUAAUGCCAAGACGAGCUGCCAAGACUUCAGGAAGGUCACUAGAAAUCCCAAGCGAUGAAAACAUCCUGGACAACCACAACAGCGAAAGUGUACGUGUGCGAGUUCGCUACUGCUUGCAGUCAAACAAAGAAACUUGUGGAGAUUAUACUGAAGCUGAAAUUGGCCCUGCAUAUAUUAAAGAAGCGGGCACUAUUGCCAUUCCUACUCUAGUCGCCAUUGUUUCCUGUGUUGUAUUCAUAUUGCUCAGUGCUCUUGCAAUUGUGUUCUGCUGCUGUAGAAAAACACAUGUCAAGAAAGCCCAGAGCAAAGAUUAUGAAAUGGAAUCUUCCACUGUACACCCAAGUAUUGUCCAGCAAGCACCUCCACCCUAUUAUCCAGCUUCAGGGAUGGAAAACAAAGGAUUGGAGCAUUCCAUGGAUUUAGCACUGGAAGAACAAAACAAAGCGGCUAUAUAUGCUUCUCAAAAUGGCUACGGGUACCAUGUCAGUCAGCCAACACAUCCAAACGGAGGUGAAUCCAGCAAUGACAAGGCUGAAGGGAAUAUGGGAUACAUGGAAAACAGCUAUUCAAAUUCAAACAACGGUGGAUCUGUGAACUCACAGGACUCUCUCUGGCAAAUGAAAAUGGCCGCACAAGCUAACAACGCCGCAAACCUAGCUGCCACACAGGAACAUCAUCAUCACCACCUCAGCGAUCGCAACAACCAUUAUGGAGUAUAUGAUCCUUUGACGCAUGGAGGCUACGGCACAGUUGAUGAUUAUGCACCUUACCCUCAUCUUAUGACAUCAACUACUCCUGACUAUUCACGAAGCAACAACCCAUCUCGCCAAGAAUAUGCACCAGACAAGACUCUUCGACAACAUCACAUGGAAUCCCCUUAUCAUGAUGUGAGCGGCUUGCCUGAUCCUUAUAUGGAUCACCACAUGAUGAUGGAUCCUGAAGAAGCGAUGAAACACCAGCAACAGCAGCAUUUGCCCAUGACUUUCGAUGAAACCUUAGAAUCAGGCUACUCAACACCCAGUUCAAGAGCAGGGCGCAUGAUACGUGAAAUAAUUGUCUGAGUACAGCUUCAUGACGACGAUAUGCCGUCAAAAGACAAAGGGACAUACUCGUAAUAUUAGAACACUUUGUGUAAAUAUUUUAUGGAGAGAGAAGAAUAUUUUUACGAAUAGUUUUUAAUUGUAAAUAUUUUGUAAAUAAGCGAAAGUGAAAUGAACCGAUAGAUCUCCAAGACUCUUUUCUUUUGUUUUUGUAAAAAAAAAAUGGUGGCAAUUUGUUUUAAUUGGUACAAGUGAAAUUUUAACCAGUUUGUAUCCGCAUGGUUUGACU